UUACCUUUUGAUUAUUUAUAGCCUAGUAGUUUUAAACGGAAAAAUGAUCAAACUUCAACAAUUUUCAUUUAUCAGUAUUUUUACAAGAUCGCUAUUUUAUUGUGCUCUAGAAAACACAUCAUUCACAUUUCUAUAUUUUCCAGAUUUAAAAAAUUUCGUAACUUAUUGUUUGCUAAUUGAAAAAAUGAAAAAACACAAAGAAAAGUACAAGAAGUUAGUAGAGAAUUUGGGGGUCCAAUUUGAAAAUGAAAUUAAUGUAAGUGGAGAAAAGGAUUCAGAAUGCCAUUAUUUCUAUGGAUUAGAUCAAAAUGAAAAUAGUCUAACGCUUAAAUUCGAUCUGAAUAAGAAUUCAAUAGCAAAUAUUCAUAUUUUUCUGAGAAUAAAAGAAAACGCCUAUACUUUACCAGGAAAAAAUGCUUGCAAUGCAAUAAGUCUUUCUAAAAAUCGGUGGAAAGCUGAUGGAUUAAAUAUAGAAGUUUUAGAACCAUUUAAGAGAUUGAGAAUAACUUUUAACGGUUUAUUACAAAAUUCUAGUUUUGGUGGUAAGAUUGAACACGUUCAAUUUAAUUUUAUAUUUACUGCUGUAUGUUCCCCGUAUUAUAUUCCAAAUGACAUUGACGAUUUAUUAUUAGCAAAAUUUUUGUCUAAAACAAAAUCAAGAAUCUCUAAAGAUGAAGUAAAUCUGCAGUACGGAUUCGAACAAUUCGGUGUUUUGAAAGGUUUCGUCAAAUUUAACAAUUCUGACGAAGUAAUCCUCAAUUUACCAAGCAAUAGAUCAAGAUACGGAGGAAUAGAUGAUGCAUUUACGAGUGAAAGAAUUUUCAAGAUUCUCUCUGUCGAUGAAUGUGGAAAUUUGUUCAACAUUGUCAUCAAAUGGUUAAAAGACGGAACUGUUCAAUUAAAAUACGGUUUCGUUUACUUGAGCAAUGAAAAGCGCUUUCCGAUAUCAAAUAUUCAUCUACUACAAUCUGAUAAUAACAAUAAUUCUCACAUAGGCAUUAAAAUAAAAGCAAAUAGAAAAAUAUAUAGAAUGUCCUUCAGUUUAAAGAAAGAUUUAACGUUAAAAUCCUUAAACGAGCACACAUUUGGAUACCAAUUAUCCAAUAUAUCGGCAGACUGCAAGAUUAACGAUUUUUCUGGAAAAGCCAUUGUAGAGUGUUGGUAUGAAUACAAAGGCGUAGCUGAUGUGAUACCUGAAUCUAAAUUAUGUGAAAAAAUUAUUAAAUAUGUACCUGAAACGUUUUUAUGUGAUUUAAAAGACGAGGAAAGCCAAAUUUUAGCCCUUACUGGAGGAAAAGGAUGUUCUUUAGGAUUGCUUACAUCUUUACGGUCAUCAUUGUUUUCAGUGCCAUAUGGAUUUGUGAUCACUGUAAAAGCUUACGAACUCCAUCUACAGGAAAAUCCUUCUUUAGUACAUUCUAUAUCUCUUAUAAAUGAUAUAUGUUGUGGUAAAAUAGAUGACAACUUAGAGCAGGCCUGUGAAAAAACAGUGCAAUAUUUUAAAACCAAAGAUAUCUCGCAUAAUUUGAAGAAAAAGAUCAUUAUCCAAUUAGAUAAAUAUCCAAAAGAAGAUUUCCAAGGUUGGGCAGUAAGAUCGUCAGCAAUCGGAGAAGACUCAGAGGACUUAUCAGCUGCUGGCCAAAACGAAACUUUCUUAGGCUGUCAAACAGACGAUCAAAUUUUGCACUCCAUUCAAGCUUGUUGGGCGUCACUGUAUAGCUUCCAAAGUGUCCAAUAUAGAUGGCAGCAUGGACUUCCUGUAAUAUCAGAAAUGGCAGUAGUGGUCCAAAAAAUGGUGAAAGUAGAAUCUGCAGGUGUACUUUUCACCUGUCAUCCGUCUACAAGCGAUCCAUCCCAAAUGGUCAUCACAUCCACUUUUGGUCUUGGAGAGACAGUCGUUUCUGGAAAAUGUGAUCCAGAUACAUUCAUAUUACAAAGAUCUUGGAACAAACAGAUUAGCAUUCAACAGAAAAUGUUGGGAAGCAAAAACAACGUUCUAAAAAUGACAGACGAUGGCCUGAUGGAAUCAUCGCAUACUGAAUACGCCGAUAUAUCUAGUCUUACAGAUAAACAAAUCAUUGAACUGGGCAACGUGGGAACUUUUCUGGAAGAGGCUUUUGGAAAUCAUAGAGAUAUCGAAUGGGGUUUUUAUAAGGAACAGCUCUACCUCUUCCAGUCGAGACCGAUUACGACCCUGAACGCUUGGACUGACUUUGAACUAAGUCACGAGCUUGAUUCCCCCAUUUUGUCUGAUAACUUCGUUUCGACCACCGCCAACAUCAGAGAAGUAGUACCUAAAGCGGUCACUGUUUUAACCAGAACCACUUCGUUGAAAUGUUUGGAUUGGGCUUUGCAAAAAUACACCCAAAAGAAUUUUGAUCCUGUAACUUUGAGAGGAUUCGUGACGUAUCAGCAUAAUAUAUUUUUGGAUGUUUGUACAACAAUACACUGGCACGCCACCACCGAAAUAAAACUCAGCGAUAUAACGCUCGAUCUGGCGAUAUUCGGACACGCGGUGUUAGAUAAAACAAUUAACCAGAUAAUCAAGAAACGUUUAGGUCUUAGUUCUACUUUUAAAAAACUGAGUGAAGUGUAUACAACGCUACCAACCGCUUGGAAAUAUAAGAAGCAUUUGGAACAAGCCAGAAACGUUGUGAAAAAUAUGGAUUUGGUAGCUGUAUCGUCUGAAGAGCUGUAUAAAAAAAUUGACGCAGCGCUCGAAGAUGUUGAAGAACUGUCGAUACUACAUAGUAAAACAUCGAGAAGUUCCGUGUUCUAUCAGAUUUGUACCAUGAAUAUUUUGCUCGAAAGGAAUAAAGAAAUAUUAACGGAACACAUGUCUGAUUUCGCUUUAAUUCUUUCGUCUUGCGAAGACGUUAUAUCCGCAGAAGUUCCACAUUAUUUAGAACGAAUAUCGAAUAUUUUAAAACAGGCAGGAUAUUCUGACGAAUUCCGCGGCUUAGAACCAGCUCAUGGAGUCGAUUGGUUGAAAAAUAAUUGCACGAAAGCGUAUGAAUUGUUUUCGGAAUUCCUCGACAAGCACGGACAUAGAAGUUUAGCUGAGUUUGAAAUAUUCGAAGAAUCCUGGAACGAUAAUCCUUCGAGAAUAAUCGGCAUGAUUCAAGCGAAUGUGGGAAACGAAAGAAAAGAAAAACGUAAAAUGGACAUCGACGAGGUUAUUAGAAAUUUGAAGUCGCCUAAAAGUUCUAUCACAAGAAUUCUUGUAAAAUUUCUAAUGAAAAAAAUCAGAGUGGCCGUGGGAGUCAGAGAACACACAAAAUCUCUUCUAAUUAAAGGUAUCGACAUGCUUCGAAAAGCUUUCCGAGAAUUAGGCGACAAAAUGGUCGCAACCGGCUUGAUUCCUUCAAGAGAUUUAAUUUUUCAUAUGACUCAUUACGAAAUCGGACUCGUAUUGAGAGAAAGAAAUCCAAAUUUAGUCACCAAGGCGAUCAGACGGCAAAAACUUUAUUCAAAUUGGAAAAAGAUGACGUUUCCUGAAAUAAUGUUUGGAAUUCCGGAGACCGAUGAUGAUUCUUCAUCUAUUGCUUUGGUGAAUCCAAAAGAAAUAUGUAAAGGAACGCCGGUUUGUAGAGGUGUAGCUCGAGCGAGAGCUUGCGUGAUUAGAAAUUUGGACGAGAUCCAUCAAUUAAAUUCAGGAGAUAUUUUAAUCACGUACAGUACCGACAUUGGCUGGUCUCCAUAUUUCCCAAUGCUCUCUGGUGUCGUAACUGAACUAGGAGGUCUUGUAUCGCAUGGUGCUGUGGUUGCACGUGAAUACGGCCUACCGUGUAUCGUUGGAGUCAAAAACGUGUUAAAACGUUUUAAGACUGGCGAUAUUGUCCAAUUAAACGCAAACAAUGGAGAACUUGGAAUCAUCUAACAUAUUUUUUAACAAUUUAUAAUUAUUAGUGAUCUACUAAAAAUGUUUCUUAAAAAAGACCAAUAUAUGAGUCACGUAUCCGUAAUAACUACAAACAACUGUCAUUUAAAAAAAUAUACAUGAUUUUUUGCCUGCUUUAGAAACAUUUUUUUUGGACAACUCUAUAUUUGUUAACUAAUUUAACCUA